ACAAAUGUGACGCAGGCUUAACGAGCUCUGUGUCACGUAUCCAAUUCUGGAUAAUAUCAUAAUAAAAAAAAAAAUAUAUAUCAAAACGAAAAACAAUUGUCCAAGUUUGAGAGUGUUCAUAGUUUUUCCAUAAUUUUCAUUAUCAAAUAUUGUUUGCGUUGCAUACGAUUCGCAUUUGUUUUUGUUUUGUGUAGUAAAUAAAUCCAUUACUGUUUUUGUUGCUGCGAGCUGCUUCAAUAACAAUUUUUUUUAAAAGUUUUUUUGUGUUGGAAAAUCUUAGCAGAAGAAAAUUAUUAACUCAAAAUGGAAAAUCUGGCACAUUUAAAAAUUCAAGAGGAAACUCUAGAUGAAAAUGGGAUGAGCUUAUUAGACACGAGUGAUAUUUGUAGCGAUUCAUGGGUUGAUCUAGCAUCAGUGCAAAGUAACAGUCCAGAACGUGUAACCCCGUUACCACCACCAUUAGCCGAUGAAUAUGUGCGUUUGUUGCGUGAAGCGCAAAGAGAAUCGAAUAGUAGCAGUGCAAAAGUAUCACUAGCAAGUUCUAGAAGAGAUUCGCCGCGUGGUAGCCCAAAAUCACCACCGAACAGUCCAAACCAAGAAAAGACUGCAACUGGUGAAGAACAUUGGAAUUCUUACUACAUGAAUUCAGAAAAAGAUACAUUAGAACCACGUACAGAACAAAAUUUAGACUGGAUUUGGGAUUGGAGUAGUCGACCCGAUCAGCUUCCACCCAAAGCUUGGCAUUUUAAUCAUCCAUACAAGACUUCAAAACAUUUAAGUAUUCGAUACGCACGAGUCGGUGAAACGAGCUUAUUUUCGAAAAAAGGACUUUGCGCACUGUUUAUUACAAAUAUGUUAUCAUUACUUUUGGGAACAGGUGUUGGGUUAUGGUUGAGCAAACGUGGUGGUCUCUAUUUGCCAACAAUACAAGUUCAAUAAAGAAAAAAUUGUCCAGAAAUUCAAAAAACAGUUUACAAAUUAAUU